AUGUCCAGCACCUCAACCAACGUCCCCGUCUCCGAAUCCUCCAAAGGGUCUGGUGUUCCCUCAUCGCCCACACGGUCAAAGAAUUUAGCCGCACGAUCGAUAACGGAGGUUACGGGACACCACCAUAAACACCGCCAUCACCCGCAUAUACACCACAGGAAUAAGGAAAGGGAGAGAGAUGGGAAGGAGGGGAGAGGAGAGGGCGGAACUGGGAGGGGAGAUGGUCAGGGGCAAGGGCAAGGGCAGGGCGCCAGUAGGAGUGAAGGCCAUACGCCAAGUGAGAGCCGGAGUGCGAGUCGACCGGGGAGUGUAUUUGACGGGGAUGGCGGUGGAUGGGAGAGAGGGUUGCGGGAUGGGUAUGCAAGAGGGGAACGAUUAGGGAUGGAACGGGAGAGGGAACGGGAGAGGGAGAAGAUGGUCAAGGAGGGCGCGGUGGGCGAUGAGAGGCGGAUGGGCGUCUUGAGAGCUGUAGAAUUACGCAACUCCCUCAAUGGCCUCAACACCCUCUCGAACAAUACGACGAGCAGGCUGGACAACACUUACUACUCCGUCCUCGAGAAACUCUCCACCCUCAACUCGACCAUCACCUCACUUCGCGAACUCGCCUCCCUGACCCGCGGCCUGACGGAGGAGUUCCAGGCUGACGCUUCCGAACUCAUCGACGAUGCCACAGGCCAACUGGACGGCUUCAACAACCUUCAAGAUCAAGAAGCUCGCAUCGCUAGCUUAAAGGCCCGCGUUGAGAAGGGACGGAAGAAGAUAGGAGCUUUGGCCGAAAGGGUCGAAGGCGUGAGGGAAAGAGUAGAGGGCUGGGAAUUAGCGGAGAAGAAGUGGCAGGAGAAAACGAGGAAGAGGCUGCGCUUGCUGUGGAUGGUAGGAAGCGUGAUGGUGGUUAUUGCGGCGGUAGUCAUGGGGUUCCAAUUUACGCCUACUAGGAUUCAGACGCAGGCGCAGGGAGGAAAUGCUAUGGCUGCGCUGAAUGCGACUGGGUUUCUGGGGAAGGCGCCGCGCUAUGAAGCGUUGAGGAAUGAGAGUUGGAAGUUGAAGAGGGAUGUUCUGAAGAAGCUUGGGGCUGGGGGACAUGGGGGCGAGGAGCAGGAGCAGGAGAAGGAAGAUCCGAGAUUGAAGGUUUUCGAUGAGCUGUGA